GGGGGAGCAGUGCCGCUCGCGUUCGUCCAACAUAGCCUACACAUGCCGCUCGAUCGGCCUCUACCGUCUGUCUGUCCACAUACCUACAAACAACUCCCUCCUUUCGCCCUCACUUGUCUCGCUCACGCUGCCACCGCUACAGUCUAGGAGAUAAGCCAAGCUUGCCGUUUCCGGCCGCCCUCUACCUCCUUCGCCCGCCGCGACAAUGGUUUCCUCCAGAGGCGUCGUCCGCUUCCGCCGCCUUGUCCUGCUCCUCGUCGUGUCCCUCGGCGGCGCCUGCCGCGCUCGAGAGGCGCCGCUGCCGCUGCCUCCCGCCAGGAUCGCGGCGGGUGCCGGCAGCAGGCGCGCGCCGGAGCGGCACGGUCUGUCGCUGGACUUCUACGCCAGGUCGUGCCCCGCGGUGGAGCAGAUCGUCGGCAACGUCACCGCCGCACGGCUCCGCGACCACCCUGCCGCCGGCCCCGCCGUGCUCCGCCUCUUCUACCACGACUGCUUCGUCGAAGGCUGCGACGCGUCCAUAUUGAUCGCGCCGACGGCCAAGGCGGGCGCCGCGGCGGCGGCACGGCCGGCGGCGGUGGAGCGGGACAUGGAAGAGAACAGGAACCUGCCGCAGUACGGGUUCGACACGGUGGAGAUGGCCAAGGCCGCCGUGGAGAGAAAGUGCCCCGGCGUCGUCACCUGCGCCGACGUCCUCGCCCUCGCCGCCCGUGACUUCGUGCAGCUGGCAGGUGGGCCACACUACGAGGUGAAGAAGGGGAGGAAAGACAGCAAGGUGUCGCUGGCGGGCAAGGUGCGCGGCAGCCUGCCCCGCGCCAACUCCACUGUGGACGAGCUCCUCCGCGUGUUCGCCGGCAAGGGCCUGGGCGCCGGCGACCUGGUGGCGCUGUCGGGCGCGCACACGAUCGGCUUCGCGCACUGCGCGCACUUCCUGGGCCGGCUCUACGACUUCCGGGGCACGCGGCAGGCGGACCCGUUCAUGGACGCGCGGCUGGUGAAGGCGCUGCGCAUGGCGUGCCCGAGCACCGGCGGCAGCGCCAGGGCGGUGGUGCCCUUCGACGUGAGCACCCCGUUCCAGUUCGACCACGCCUACUACGGCAACCUGCAGGCCAGGCUGGGCCUCCUCGGCUCCGACCAGGCGCUCUUCCUCGACGCGCGGACCAGGCCGCUCGUGCUGGAGCUGGGUGCUGACAAGGCCCGCUUCUUCAAGGCCUUUGUCGCCAGCAUGGACCGGAUAGGCUCCAUCAGGGUCAAGAAGGGCAAGAAGGGAGAGGUCAGGAAAAUCUGUAGCCAGCACCUCUAGCGUAGGUCAGGAAAAUCUGUGUAUGGCAUCGUAGAGAGGUUUGUGCUAGCUAGUGCAGCAAGUGUGUGUGUGUGUGCAGGUGUCUCUGGUUUCAAUCUCUCACUGCGCUUCUACGGGCGUGUCCGUUUGUACAAACACGGCCUGUACUUGCGUAUGUCGGUAUGCGUGUGCCUUGUUUCAUUCAUUGGCUUUCGUUGCAGAAUGUGUUAGUUCUUUUUA